AUGUACCAUUCCCCUGCCGAAAUCGUGGAACCCCCAACUUCACUGGACGAUGAAACGUCUGAAAAUAUUAUCCUUCAACCACCCCGAUUUAGCUGCGUGGCCAGAGGCAAACCAGCGCCGAAUAUCACUUGGAAACACAACGGCCGAGUGGUGACAAACUAUUCAAGCCGGAUUGCGGGAGGGUUGUCCGUUCAGAUUCGGAAAGCUUUAGACGGAUUUCCGCGAUAUGAAGUCUUUUCUAAAGCGGGUGGUGGUUCUGAGGAUCCCCAGGUGCUCCAAGGCACCGGCUUCGUUCAUAUAAGGACCAGUGUUCAGUGUAUUCAGCUAACCCAGGAAGAAUUUAUCUGGGAAACCAGCAGUGAACUUUCCUGGACACAGCCCAAUCAAACCGGCUCGGAUGAACCCGUUCGCAAUUCACAAAUGCGGAUUGAUUUCGAGCCAAAUGCGGAAGGAUCCUACGUGUGCGAAGCAACCAAUCUUCUAGGCACCGUGUCCUCCUCUACUGUCCGGCUAAACCUACGGUAUGCCCCGAGGCGAUUGCAUGAACGUCUAAUUAAACAAGCCCUGACGCAACACGUGGAUCGGACCGAUGGCGACACGCGUCGAUCGACGGAACUGCUCAAUGACCCACCCCCAACAUCAAGCUCUAUCACCACGGUCCAUGGAGAACAUCCAGAACUGUCCAUUUAUUGUAUUAUGCGAUCCAACCCGCCACCGACUAGACUGGCCUGGCACUACGUACCUGAAAAAGACCGUUGCAUCCCAACCGUAAAUCACGCCAUAUGUGGUUGCCCGGACGAUAAAUUAUUGGCCGCCACAGACGCCACGCCAAAAUCGGAAUCCAUUAGUUCCCCUUCCAUGUAUCGAGCAAAACUGGUUCGUGGUACUGAAGCAGCCCGGUUCGUCACUUCCGUGGUACGGCGAAAUCCGGUACACGAUGUGGAGACUAUCGUGGUCGCUCAACUUCUGUUCGGUGUUGACAGCAAACCCGAGUUGGGGACAUAUGCAGCGUGGUUAACCAAUCCGGUUGGAUGUGAAGUGUGCCUAGUGCAGCUACAGCAACCUUCUCCCCCGGAAGACAUUGCUAAUUUUCAAGUUGUAAACAUCACGUGGAACGCUGUGAUGCUCACCUGGAAAACUGGAUUCGAUGGAGGCCUCGAACAGACAGUAAUCAUGGAACGAUUAAAAGUGAUACAGACGGAUAUGAAGGACUAUUCACUGGGAGAGCCACCAGCGUUCGAGAAACAACGCUUUCUGAUCACCAACAUUCCUCGACUGCCAGCAUCUCACCGCUGCUGGUUGUCCAAUCUGGAACCAAACACAUAUUAUCAAUUUCUCUUAUACGCGGAGAAUGAACUCGGCCGUAAUGAGCACGUUCGUAAAGUGAAUAUCAAAACCACAAGUUUAGAUUUCCCACAACUGGAACGCGUGGACUCCUAUUCGGAUCGCUUGGAGCUCUAUUUCGCGGAGCCAAUUCCAUCGGCUCACUUUUGUGUAAAAAUUCAAUUUAUCCAUGCAACGUCCACCAAAUGGCUCCCCUUGUACAAUGAUUGCCCCACACGGGACUCGGACAGCACAACCACCACGUCAGUCAUGCACACCCAUACCGGGGACAAUGGAUCGGACAAUGUCGGCAGAGAACGAGAUCCGGUGUGGAUUUGUCAGACAAAUAUUUUAUCCAACCCGAGCUGGUAUUGGGUAAUCCAACCAAACAACACACCAGCAUUCGGAACGGAAGAAGAAUUUAACGUAUUGCGGAUGACACGAUUUGUCGGUCAAAAAGAAAUGAAAUCAUCUGCGAAUCUCAACCCACUGAAAGUGAAACGAUUUCCUUCUCGUGCAGCUGACGGAUCAAACGAUUCCAAACCGGAAGAUGAUCUGGUUUACCUGCCAAGUGAAGAUAUUCAAUACAGGAUUCGGACAUGUCUGUACGAUAAUACAAACAUCUGUUCACCGGAUAUCGUGUAUUCUGGAAUGGAGGCCGCAUCUACCUCUCAGCUGUUCUCGUUUGUUUGGGUAGCUGUCGGACUGGUACUUAUGCUUUUACUUGGUUUGACUACAUGCGGUUGUUUUCGUAUGCAACGGAAGCGUCAACGAAACGUGACUGAGCGUGUUUGGGUUCGACAGGACAACGUCAACACUGGAAAGAACGGAGACCGUGGAGGCGGUGGUGGUGGUGUUGUAGUGAGCCGGGGACGAAGAAUACCGAAUAGUCAACGGCAACCAAUCAUUGCAGCCAGUUUGGAAUCAUCAACAGAGGACGACUUCAAGUUGAUGGAAUUAUCGAAACCUUCAUGUUACAAUUCACCACCAGAGGUAUGCCAAUCAGGCAGCAGCUGUUCGUUACAAGUAGCACCAGCGUUUUCAACAGUAACCACACCGGUUUCUGUAUCCACGUUUGUGCACCCAUUGGAUAUGGUGCAUUCUAUUUCCACAGCGUCGCCAGUCGGGACAGUAGUCACUUCCUGUUCCCUGGUUCUGAACAGUGCUGCCGCAGUUGGUCCCGGUACCCAAGUAUUGUCAUCCAUAUUUUCAGUUGCCACUCCUUCCGAUUUGAUUCGAGAUGUGGAAGGGAUAGGCGUGCAAAAGCCACACAAUACCACUUCCCCGGUGCUUCUCAUUCCGGCCACACAGCUUUCGACAGUCGAGUUCACGGCAAAAACCGUGGACGACGAUCCAGUCUCUUUAAUACUACACAUCCCUGUACAGUCGAAUACUUCCCAAUAA